GUAGAGGCGCCUGACGGACAAGGAAGUUGUUCAGCGCUGACUCCACUCGGAGAAGUCACUCCAUCCAUGUGGACUCACACCUUCCAGACUGAUGUCUAGCCACGAGUUAUGGCCCAGUGGUGCCCCAGCCCCCCUGGUGUCCAUCGAGGAAUUAAAGAACCCGAAGUACAUUGGUGAAGGUGGGUUUGGCACAGUGUUCUGCGCACAACACAAGUCGUGGGGUAUUGAUGUGGCGGUCAAGAUCGUGAACUCGAAGGUGAUAUGCAGGGAGGUAAAGGCCAUGGCAAGUCUGCGUAACCAGCAUGUGCUGCUCCUGCUGGGCGUCACUGAGAAGCUGGAGUGGGACAACUUGUCUGGGCCAGCUCUGGUGACCCCAUUCAUGGAGAAUGGUUCCCUGGUAGAGCUGCUGCAGCCCCAGUGCCCUCGGCCCUGGCCGUUCCUCUGCCGCCUGCUGCAGGAGUUGGUGCUCGGGAUGUGUUACCUGCACAGCCUGAACCCUGUGCUUCUGCACCGGGACCUGAAGCUCUCCAACGUCCUGCUGGACGCAGACCUACACGUCAAGCUGGCAGAUUUUGGCCUGUCCACAUUUCUGGGAGGCUCAAGGUCAACAGCAGGAUCUGGGAAAUCAGGGGGCACCCUAGCCUACUUAGCCCCAGAACUGUUGGCUGAUGUAAACCGGAAGGCCUCUACGGCCAGUGAUGUCUACAGCUUCGGGAUCCUAUUGUGGGAAGUGCUAGCUGGAAAAGAAGCUGAAAUAGUGCCCCAGAUAUCGCUGAUGCAGAAAGCCGUGUGUGAGAGGCAGAACCGGCCCCCACUGACUGAGCUGCCCCAGCCCAGCCCUGAGACUCCUGGCUUAGAAGAACUGACGCAGUUAAUGCAGGACUGCUGCAGCAAUGAGCCCAAGGACAGGCCUUCAUUCCAAGACUGCAGACGACAUACUGAGAAAGCCCUCCACAUGGUACAGAAUACAGGUGUAACUGGUACAGAGAUGGAUGUUGCAGUGUCCACAGUGAAGAAGUUCCUGUCUGAGCACAGGAGGUUUUCUGCCUCUGAGCCAGGCCCAGGAGGGACAGAAAUGGAUGGCCCUAGGGAAACCCCAGAAAGCCUUGAUUCCAUGGUCUCUGAGAUGCUAAACCUGAAUCUGGAAGGUUUGCCCAGCUCUGUUUCUGAAAAAUGUAUAAACCUUCCUAAGAAGAUAGAGGCACAGGGAGAACAGACUCAGCAUGCCCAAACAGCAAGGAUGUCUUCUGAUUCAACAGUCCAACCUCCCCCAAAUCUGGAGACCUCACUUUUCAGAAACCAGAAGCCCAGCCCCACCUCGACUUGGCCACCAGGUGCUAGACCCCAAGGGAAUCAGGGGGCUGGGAGAGGUGGCACCAACGGGCCUUCCAGGGAGCCAGAGCCAAAUCCAAUACCGAAUCCUCCCAGGGAGUGGGGGCCAAAUCCAAUACCAGGGCACCAAUCUGUUGCCAUCCAUCACAGCCAAGGGAUACAGUUCGGAAACAACAACUACAUGAUGAUACAAGGGGAAACUGCCUUUUGCACGCGGGACUGGCGACCUAGGCAUAUGGCUAGGGGCUGGCCACACGCCUCCCACAAGUAGGUUCAAAAGACGUGCGGAAAGAACCUGACUCCUGGACUGGGCCACACAGCUGGUAUAACCAUGGCAGGAAUUGAGGAAGCGUCUGACCUGCCUCCUGGACUUGAGGCAGCUAGCCAAGACUUUUUUUGAGGACCAUGAGGCAUGUAUCCAAACUGACUUUGUGCCCCAGGAGUCAAUAAAAUGGUGAAAUCUUA